AUGGUCUCUCUUUGGCCGCGCCGGGCAUGCCGCUUGGUCCGCGGCAUGUGGUCCGAGGCAGUUGGCACACUGCUCGGGGGGCAGUGCAACUGUCACUGGCGUGGGAAGCUGUUCGUUGUCACGGCGAGGGACUCGGAUGCUGACCGGCGUGAGUCCCGUCUGGUUGUUUAUUUCGUCACGGACGGCAGCGUCGUAGUUCAGUUCGUUUCCGUAAAGGUCGGUAAGUCUUCGAGGGCAGUUGUCUACGGCAUAAGUGUACCAUUUCUGGCUGGUCUCAACGGCCGUUGCGCCGAGAUCAUCGGCCUAUUCGGCUUGGCGUUCUACAAGCAGAUCGCGGGUGAGUUUGUCUGCGGCGCGAAUGGCCCAUCCGGUGUUCACUUGGAAGACUUGCGGGAUUCGAUUGAGCUCAAGGCCCGUCUUGCUGGCUACAUGAGCUCGGAUGGCGUAGCCGAUGUGGUUUCUGGCCGGAGCGUCGGCUUCAAUCAAGGCGGACGAAGACCCGGAGGUCUUCUCGAGGUGGCGCGGGCACUGGUGGUCGUUGCCCUUGGCGAUGAGUGGCAGCAGGUUUGUGUUAUGGGUGGGCAGUGUUUGUGGUGGGCAGUAUGCACAAUCGGUGUUGGCCAGAGUUUGUUUCCAAAAUUCGAGGAAGCUACUGGAGAAGUGCUUGGCGAAGUCGCGUUCCGGCCCGGUAGUAAAUUACUUGGCCGCCUCGGCCGGCCCAGUAGUAAAUUCCUUGGCGGCCUCGUUGAAGUGUUCGGAAGACCCUGA